CUCAGCCUUGCCUACAGACCAGCAUAGCCGCCUCCGCCGCCUCCACAAUGCAACUAACCUUCCGCUCACCGACUCGAUCGUUCACACCUAGACUCCCUCACCGGCAUGGCCGCUAGGAGGAAGGGUCCCGUCUUCCGCGUCACAGGCCUGCCAGCCUCGCAGCCCGACGACGACCUGGCGAUGUCGCUGAAGGCUACUAUCGACGACAACUUGGCGGAAGAUGAGCAAUCGAAGCUAACUUUCCAUGCGGAAAUUGUGCCCUCUUGCUACGACAAUAAGGAAAAAGUCGCGCUGGUCGAGUUCCACGGCGGAGUGCCUGCAUUCCUGUCCGAGCUGAAGGACAACCCGCUGCGCGACUGGCAGGUUCAGACGGGCGACGAGGACAUCAACUUCGACCUCAACUUCGACCAGCACUUCUUCGGGUUCACGCAGCUGUACACGCCAAAGGCAGACUCGCCAGUUACUGCUGAUAUUAUCGCUAUCACGGGCCUUGACGGACACGCAUACGGCUCAUGGAGGGGAAAGGGAAACCUUGGGCGCAUGUGGCUACGCGACUUCGUGUCCAAGGACCUGCCACACUGCCGCACGAUGAUCUACGGCUACAACUCGAAGCUGUCGGGCUACGGGAUUGACACAAUUAUGGACUACAGCCGGGGACUGAUGGAGGAGCUUAAGAAGGUUAGGAACACAGAGGAGCUAAGAAAGCAGCCGCUGUUCUUCAUCGCGCAUAGCUUUGGCGGCAUUAUACUAGCUCAUUGCCUGGUUCAGGCAGUGCAGACACACGAAGACGGCGACCAAACAAUAGCGUCUCUCUAUAAAGCUACAUACGGCAUGCUUCUGUUUGGGAUCCCGCAUAAGGGCCUAGUGGUGGACGAUAUGCAGCAGAUGCUGGCUGGACAGGACAAGCACCCGCGGGGCAAGCUGCUGGAGCAGAUCCGAAUCAACUCUGAUUUGCUCGCGCAACAGCUGGCGGAUUUUAAGAAUCUUAUCCGGGACCGAAAGGUCGUAAGUUUCUAUGAGACGGGACAGACUAGGCAGCUUGAGUUUGAUGACGAAAGCAAAUGCUGGAAGCGGACAGGCGGCUUUGUCAUGGCCGUGGAUACUAACUCUACUCUUCUCCAGCUACCAGACUCAAAAGAGGACAAGAUUCCCCUAGACGCCGACCAUUCGAUGAUUGUUAAGUUUGAUGCUAAGGGGGACCGUGGCUAUACUAGCGCGCGGGACAAGUUGUUACAAUUUGAGCGUGAUGCUCCAGACGUGGUUGCAGCUCGUUUCCUGCCAUCUCCCGGACCUGACAGCAAGAAAGAAGACAAGGAAUGCAUCCAACACUUGCGCGUCACUGAUCCCCGUGAUGAUAAGAAGCGCAUUGAAUACACUAAAGGCGGACUACUGAAGGGCUCUUAUUGCUGGAUUCUCGAAAACUCCGACUUCCAACAAUGGCGUGACGAUCAGCAGAGCCGACUGCUGUGGGUUAAGGGCGAUCCCGGCAAGGGCAAGACGAUGCUGCUCUGCGGUAUUGUUGAUGAGCUGAAGGGCUUAAUGGCCCAAACAGAUCUUCUGUCCUACUUCUUCUGCCAGGCCACGGACUCGCGAAUCAACAACGCCACGGCCGUGCUGCGAGGUCUGCUGUUCUUGCUUGUUGAACAGCAGCCAUUCCUUCUCUCGUAUAUACGGGUGAAGCAUGAUCACGCAGGCAAAACCCUCUUUGAGGACGUGAAUAGCUGGGCUGCCCUGUCCGAGAUUUUCACAAAUAUCCUUCAAGACCCGAGCUUGAACAGCACGUACUUGGUCAUCGAUGCGCUGGACGAAUGCGUGGAAGCAGACUUGCCAAAACUGUUAGACUUUAUUGUUAAGAAGUCGUCCGUAUCUCCUCGUGUUAAGUGGAUCGUCUCUAGCCGAAACUGGCCAAGAAUUGAGAAGGAUCUCGACACUGCGACGCACAAACUGAGAUUGCGCCUUGAGCUUAAUGAAAGGUCUAUCUCUGCUGCUGUUUCGACAUUCAUUAAGGUCAAGGUAGAUUGGCUUGCGAAGCGAAACAGAUACAGCAGAAAUACUCAAGACGCUGUCCAGCGCUACUUGUCGCUAAACGCAAACGGCACGUUCCUCUGGGUGGCCUUGGUCUGCCAAGGACUAUCCAAUAUCUCGGGAUGGGAAGCUCAGCAGAAGUUAAAAGAGUUUCCGCCAGGACUCGAUGCCCUCUACUGGCGGAUGAUAGACCAGAUUAAGGGUUCAGAACUCUGUAAACGUAUACUAGCUGUCGUUUCGGCUGUGUACCGGCCCAUCACGCUGGACGAGCUGGCGUCUUUUGUUAACAUGCCCGACGGAGUCGCCAACGAACACCAAGUUCUAUCGGAGAUCAUAAGCCUUUGUGGCUCUUUUCUGACACUUCAAGAAUGCACUAUAUCUUUCGUUCAUCAGUCAGCAAAGGACUUUUUGGUUGAAAAGGCUUACAAUGAUAUCUAUCCUCCUGGGAUAGAAUGCAUACAUUACGACAUCUUCUCCCGGUCGCUACAGGUCAUGUCCAAGAAACUACGACGUGACAUCUACGGCCUAGGUGAUCCCGGAUUCCCCAUUAACCAAGUCCCUGAUAUGGACCAAGUCAAGAAACCAGAUGUGGACCAAGUCAAGCAACCUACUUUGGAUCCACUUUCCCCAGCACGAUAUGCGUGUGUCUAUUGGAUUGACCACCUGCUUAACUGUGAUCUCACUAAGAAUGCUAAUAAUGAUCUCCGAGAUGGUGGAUCCAUCAACAAGUUCCUGUGUCAGAGCUUCCUUUACUGGCUUGAGGCUCUAAGCCUUUGCAGAAGCAUAUCGGACGGGGUGGUGUUAAUAGCAAAACUUGAGUCUCUUCUCCAAAAAAGAGUAGACGCAUGCAGAUUGCUUGAACUAGUUCAAGAUGCGCGCCGAUUUAUUAUGUAUCAUAAGGUGGCACUAGAGAAUAGUCCUCUUCAGGCAUACGCGUCUGCACUUCUGUUUAGUCCAGCUCGCAGCCUAAUAAGGAGCUAUUUUAAGCAUAAAGAGCCAAAAAUAAUCAUAAUACAGCCCGCUAUAGGCGAACAAUGGAGUGCGUGCCUGCAGACGCUUGAGGGCCAUAGCAAUUCAGUCCGGUCAGUUGCCUUCUCUCACGACUCAACACGGCUGGCGUCGGCGUCAAGUGACAGCACAAUCUGGGAUGCGAACAGCGGCGCGUGCCUGCAGACGCUUGCGGGCCAUAGCGAUUCGGUCUGCUCAGUGGCCUUCUCUCACGACUCAACACGGCUGGCGUCGGGGUCAGGUAACAGAAUAGUCAAGAUCUGGGAUGCGAGCAGCGGCGCCUGCCUGCAGACGCUUAAGGGCCAUAGCGGUCCGGUCCGGUCGGUGGCCUUCUCUCACAACUCAACAUGGCUAGCGUCGGCGUCAAGUGACAGCACAGUCAAGAUCUGGGAUACGAACAGCGGCGCCUGCCUGCAGACGCUUGAGGGCCAUAGCAAUUCAGUCCGGUCAGUGGCCUUCUCUCACGACUCAACACGGCUGGCGUCGGCGUCAAGUGACAGCACAGUCAAGAUCUGGGAUGCGAACAGCGGCGCCUGCCUGCAGACGCUUGCGGGCCAUAGCAAUUGGGUCAGCUCAGUGGCCAUCUCUCACGACUCAACACGUCUGGCGUCGGCGUCAGGUGACAAAACAGCCAAGAUCUGGGAUGCGAGCAGCGGUGCCUGCCUGCAGACGCUUGACGUUGGCAAGGUGCUUAGCAACAUAUCAUUUGACACUACUGGCUUGUAUCUUCACACCGAUAUUGGUGCUAUUAGUAUUAGUGCAACACUAUUACUUUCAAGUACUACAACAACUAUUAUAGAGUCUCGGAAGCCAAAAUAUCAAGGCCUAGCGUUAAGUUCAGAUGAGGCAUGGAUAGCACAUAACUCUAAGAAGCUAGUAUGGCUGCCAUCAGAGUAUCGGCCAUCAUGUUUUGCAGUGUUAGGGAAGAAAAUCGGUAUUGGUGUCGGAAGUGGAAAAGUCUGGAUAUGCGAAACUUUAUGA